AUGACAUUUGAAGAAAUAGAUUUAAAAGAAAAUAUAGAUAAACAUGUAUUUGUUAAAACAUGUCAAUGUGGUAUUAAUUCAUUCGAUAAUUCAGAAUCAAAAAGAUCAAAAAUAAUAUUUAUAAUUGGUCACGUUUUUAUUUUUAUGCAUUUAUUUAAUUUACCAAAACUUUGGUCAAAUAAUGAAACUUCAAAAAGAUAUGCAAUAGGUUCUUUAUUUUGGUUAAUUUUUUCAAUUAUAGUAAUUUCUUAUUCAUUUUUAUUUAUUAAAUUUAAAAUGGUUUAA